UCUUUAAAUGCGCGCGUGUUGGGGGAGACAUGACGCGGGCGCUGUCGUGUUGCGCCGGAGGACGAUCGCGCCGCUCGCUCGCCGCUCGUCCACCUGCGUGUGAGCGCUUCUCGCUUCGGCAGCCAUCGAGAGGAAAGAGCGAGGGUCAUGGACUGAAAGCCACCUGAGAGGUUCCCAAUGUUGAACAUGUCCACCCCCAGUGAGCUGAAGUCUCCCUGCGUGACUCGCAACGGCAUGGUGAAGCUGCCCCCCAGCCAGCCCAACGGUCUGGGCAGUGCCAGCAUCACCAAGGGCACCCCUGCUGCCAAGAACCGCCUGUGCCAGUCCUCCUCGGUUCCCACCAUUCUGCCUCCUCCACCAUCCUCCCUUCCCUACCACCACCACCACCACCACCACCACCACCACCCGGACAACGCAGUCAUGCCGCAUUCGGCGGCCUCCGUUCUCGGUCGUGACCUGGAACCCGGGAAGCAGCUCGUAGGCCUGAAACCAUCCCUGCGUCAACUACCCCUGCUUACUCUACCCAAACCCAUUCUACUGGAGCGCCAGCUCGUCCUGGAUGAGAAGCUGCUAAACCGACUGCUCUGGUACUUCACCGCUGCCGAAAAGUGUGUGCUGGCACAGGUAUGCAAGACAUGGCGUAAGGUGCUGUACCAGCCCAAGUUCUGGGAAGGUGUGACACCCAUACUGCAUGCCAAGGAGCUUUACACCCUGUUGCCCAAUGGAGACAAGGAGUUUGUCAGUCUGCAGGCCUUCGCCCUGCGUGGCUUCCAGUCUUUUUGCUUGGUUGGCGUGUCAGACCUGGACAUUUGUGAGUUCAUUGACAACUACCCGCUCUCCAAGAAGGGUGUUCGUUCAGUCAGCCUCAAGAGGUCCACCAUCACGGAUGCUGGAUUAGAGGUCAUGUUGGAGCAGAUGCAGGGUCUCGUGCAUCUGGAACUGUCGGGGUGUAACGACUUCACGGAGGCCGGCCUGUGGUCCAGUCUAAACGCCCGCUUAACGUCGCUCAGCGUCAGCGACUGCAUCAAUGUGGCGGAUGACGCCAUCGCCGCCAUCUCCCAGCUCCUGCCCAAUCUAUCGGAGCUGAGUCUGCAGGCCUACCACGUGACUGACACAGCCAUGGCCUACUUCACAGCCAAACAGGGCUACACCACCCACACUCUGCGGCUUCACUCGUGUUGGGAGAUCACCAAUCACGGCGUGGUAAAUAUGGUGCACAGCCUUCCCAACCUGACAGCGCUCAGCCUCUCCGGCUGCUCCAAAAUCACUGACGACGGUGUCGAGCUGGUGGCGGAGAACCUGCGAAAGCUCCGCAGCUUGGACUUGUCGUGGUGCCCCCGAAUCACUGACAUGGCCCUGGAGUACAUUGCCUGCGACCUGCAUAAAUUGGAGGAACUAGUCCUUGACAGGUGUGUACGGAUCACAGACACAGGCUUGGGCUAUUUGUCCACAAUGUCAUCAUUGCGGAGCCUCUACCUGCGCUGGUGUUGUCAGGUGCAGGAUUUCGGACUGCAGCAUUUGUUCGGAAUGAGGAGCCUUCGUCUGCUCUCUCUGGCAGGUUGCCCCCUGCUGACCACCACCGGCCUGUCGGGCCUCAUUCGGCUGCAGGAUCUGGAGGAACUGGAGCUGACCAACUGCCCGGGGGCCACCGCCGAGCUCUUCAAAUACUACUCGCAACACCUCCCGCGCUGCAUGGUUAUCGAAUAAGACCGCCAUCGCACCCUUGGCAACCCAGCGCAAUACUUCGACCUUCCUCCUCUUUACUCUCCCUCGCUCUUGUCAAACGCCGGCCAGGAAACAGAACACCGUCGCUCGUCUUCCGGCCCCCUCGCCCCACGCCCGUCUUCCUCCGCACCCCGUCGAGAGGAAGACAACGGGCGCCACGUGACUGGAUGGUGUUCACCGAAGAAGACGCUGAAGUGCAGCGGAAAGGCCCGGGGUGACGUCUUGUCUGGCCGCCGCUUUCGUUUUUUCGAAGGGCGCAGGAGGUUUCGGACGACAAAGUCGGAUCGUUUCCCACGAUGGCGUGCGACCGAGCGCUAGCUGUUAGAAAAACACAAACAAUGACUUUGGUGUUGCCGUUCUGGUGGAACUCACACGUGUGCUUAUACACUUUAACCACACUCACACACACGGUCAAUGAAACAAGACCUGAAGUACGAACUUUUCUUUUCUUUUUCAUCACUCGAUGUAAUAUAGCUGCCCGUUUUUCCUCAAAGCUUCAGUCUUCUCUUGCUCAGACACAAACCAGCUGGGAAUGAAAUCCGACAGUUUCUCAAUUUCUCGGAUGGAACUUCUCUUUCUCUUUUUCGCCCUCUUUGUGAGUGUGUGUGUGUGUGUGUGUGUGUGUGUGUGUGUGUGUCUUAUGAACCCAUAGGUUCCGGUCUUCUUUGGAGCUACCGCCACCAUUUUUUUUCCCCAUUUCCGUAUGUUACCAGAAUUGUUUAAAAAAAAUAAUAAUAAUCCUCCUCAUAAUGCCAUGACAUUUGCAAAACAACAGUUUACGUUGUCCUUUUUGUUGGACUUGCACGCUUGACCAAUUUAUCGUUUUUCCCAUUUCCUCACUUGACAUUGAAAUGGUAGCGCUCGAUACGACGACGCUGUUGUCCACUUCCGGCUUCUGUGUCUUGAAAGGCUGAUCGAGUGUGAAGAAGGAAUUUGACUUUUUGCUGGAGCAAUUUGAUUGACGGUUAAGUGCUUUUGCCUUGAACGCUUUGAACGCUUGCGAGGCGGCGCCCUGCCUCGAAAUGUUGAAAGUCAGACGACAAUGUGUCAAUUUUGAAGUAUUUCUAGAGUGAAGGGAUGUUCAAUUUUGGAAACACAUUGCUGGUUUGGGGUUUCUUUUUGCAAUCGUGGGUUUCUAGAGGUGAACAUGAGUUGUGGUCAAAUUACUUUCUGAAAAGUUCGGGGAUUUCAGUAUUUAUUACCUCCGCCUGGGAGGAGGGGUUUUUGUUUUUGUUUUUGUUUUUUUUUGUUUUUUGGGGUGCUGCUAUGGUGUCAGCGGGCUCACUUGCAAAUUACCUGCUGCGCUAAAUUUGAAGAAAACAGGAUUUUAAAGGCAUGUCCAUGAAAAUAUAAAUGCACAUUACAGACAGCAGAAGCCUGUACUCUCCCAGUAGUACUGGAAUAUCCAUAGCAAAUCCACGAAAUGCAAAGAUGAUGAUAAAAAUGUUCAAAGUUCCUGAAAUGUUGUACAAAUGUCAGCAAAUUAGCGUAUCCCAGAGUUAUGGAAAAAUUGAUGGAUGCCUUUGUGUUUUAGUUUGGAGUCGGAAGUCAUGUCUUGCUGAGUUCAGAUAAACCACAAUUGAAAAAUGAAGACACUUAGUUAAGCCCCGUAUUGUCAAAAUCUUCAAGUCAAAUAAAUAUUACAAUUAAAACAAAAAUGCAUUUAAAAAUGUUAAAAUUUCCUUUUAGAAUGGGGUAAACUCAGGUGCCUUCUGGCUGGAAAUAACACAAAGUCAAAAGAUGAAGACGUUUAGCAUGUUGCGUCGUUCUAAAGGAUCCUGCUAAGUUCUGGAAAAGAGCUUUGUGUUUGAGGCGCAGUAGCUGGAGGGGAGAAAAUCAGACAAAAAUCAAAUUGUAAUCAUUUGGACUGGCAGGCAAACGUUUGAAGUGAAGGCGUGAUGGUCAGUUUCUGCAGCUUGUUGUGGAAAUGUUUCGUGCACGCUCCAGGUUAGGUACAGCGCUGUCUGUUCAAGACCAAAAAUGGAUUGUUUUAGUCAUUCCGGCGAGAGGACGGACAACAGAAAAAGACGUCAAAUCAGUUUUGGAGCAGCGGCUGGUUUGAAAAGGAUUGACAUACUGAACAAUGUGGAUAUCGUAAUAGGAAAAGCAGCCCUGUGAGGUUUUAAUCGUUGGUUAGAAGUUCAGGAAAAAGGAAGGGGCACCAUUGAAAUAAUGGUUCUGUUACUGAUGAAUAAUAGAGAAAAUAUUCCUAACACAACUUCUUAAUGUGUCUGUGCUACUUUGUGUCAAUUUCAGCUCAAGCAUACCCAUUCACCAAAUAAAAAUUCACUUUUUCACUCGCUCAGAAUGAUAUUAGGGAAUAUCAAUUAUAGACUGAAAUAAAAUGUUGAUAUUAAACCAUAUACAGUGGUGCCUUGAGAUACGGUGGAAUUGGUUCCGUACUCGUAUCUCAGAUCAUCUUUCCCCAUUCAAAUUAGGGCUGCACAAUAUUGGGGGGGGGGGAAUGACAUUGCGUUUUUGUUUUGUUGUAUAUAUAAUAUAUAUAUACAAAUAAUAACAUAAUAUAUAUCAUCAAAUAAAACAGUGUUCGUUUUCGACACGAACUGGUUCAAAGUUCAGUUCGCGUACCAAAAAUGAAGUAGUUCAGUUCCGAGUUGAAGUUUUGUCCUUAUAGUGCAAACGAAAACGCGCAACACAGUAUGACAUGAGCGAUGGUGACAUCGGACAUUGAUAACUCUGCAUUCCUCGCAGCUCUGGCUGACUAUUUUAACAAAAUAAUUCGUCUAUUCUUAUAUUACACACACCAAAAAAAAUGAAUUCCAUAUUGUCACAGUGUGAUCGUACAGUGUAUUAACUAAAGCAUUCCGAUGCAAAUAUUUUCCUAGUAAUCCCUUUUUACGACGAUGUAUUGUAUUACAAAAGAAAACAUAGUCCCAUGUCCCCGAACGCACCUCGCGCGCUCACACGGCGGCCUGCCGAGUUUCAUUCCGAAGAGCAAAAUAAGAAAUGCAGCGGGUGUCCAUUUUUUCCCGUGUCCUCAUUCAUAGUUGUCAUACAAGGAGAGAAGUACACUCUGGGCUGUUCGUUCUGUUGUUUGAAGCGUUGUAAUUGAACGUAAACAUCAGUGCUUAUCUUAUUAGCAUGUCCGAACAGUCACUUUAAAUAUUACAGUUGAUUCACUGUAUAUUACAGUACACCAACAUCGCAGCAGACUUUGCAAUGUAACUAUUGCGCACAGGUACAUCGCAAUGACGAUGCUCAAAGAAAAUAUCGGGCAGCCCCCUAACUGAAAUGAAUACAAAUGUCAUUAAGUGCUUCCAGGCCCCCCCCCCCCCCCCCCCCCCCCCCCCCGCCCCACAUCCACACAAAAAAUAAUUCAAACCUUUGUAAUGUGUUAUUUGAUAAGGAAAAUAGCACCCUAUUGUAGUUUACAUUGUUAAAAACAUUUAGUAAAAUGUAAAUACAAUGGAAAAUGUAAAAAAAAUGAAACAGCUUGUACAUCAUAAAAAAUAUUAUUGCAGCUCCUCCUGGUGUGCACGAUUUAGCCAGAGGGCAGUAUAGUACAGAAACAAACAACUGUGAGUAUUGUUAUAUUGUCUGUCUCCAAGUGUUGCUGCACUAUUUUUGUCCUCCAUGGCGUUUACCAUUAUGUGUUAGGAUGAAAGCGGACGUGUGUGCGCUUGUUUUCAAUACACGAGGUGUCGUUCUCUUUUUUUUUACGUUGAGUUUGCGUCAAGUGGGAGUGGCAUUAAACAGCUUGAAACCUCUUUUUUUGGAAGAAUUGUUCACCAUCUCCCUGACCAGACUUGACUUGUCAUCGACGUGAGUUCACCUGCCGCUAUACGGCGCUUGUAUCGAAAAUGUUCGCUCGCGAGUCGAAGCGCGCACAACAGAAAAGGACGGCUUGUAUCUCAAGGCACCACUGUAUUGACGAUUGUGUGCGAAAGAGAAAUCAUUUAGAAAUGGUAAUAUACAAGCUCAACAUCGGUGUAGGAUUUCCAAUCCAAUUUCAAUCUUGCGUUUAAGCCUUAAUAAUUACAGAGAAAACCUUCGGUGAGCUCAAAUGUAACAACUUUGCGAUGCGGAACAAACACAAAAAGCCAUCUGGUCAUUUGUCUGACUCUGAAAACGACUGUUCUGACAAAGAAAACUAUCCUUUCAUCCUAAAUAGUUAUUUUUCGAGCAUUAGUUUGAUAUUCGAGGGAGAUUACGAUGCCUGGCAGUGAGCCCACAGCGCUAACUUCUUUUGAAUUUGCCUCUCGUGUGUCGCCAGACCAAAAGGCCCGGCUUAGCCGCAGCCGCUGCCAGGUUGUGCCAAAUCCAUUUGUCGCUGCUUCGCCUCGUACGCGGACCGUACAGGGGCGGAUCGUGCAUGUUCCCGGUCGCUCUGCCUCCAGAUCGGUGGAAGGCUGUCCUCCGUCUGCUCGUUGUACAUAUUUAUUUGUCUAUUUAUUUCGAUUCGUUUCGCUCUCACCUAUAUGGUUUAUUUAUUGAGAGAGAUCGCUUCAAAUUUGCAACGAUUGCUGUUUUCGACCGCCCCUCUCAUUUCAACCUCUAAAAUAAAUAUUUGACCUCGUGUUGACAUGAUACAUUCAUUCAUUCGUGUUCUUGAAUGUGGCAGGAAGAAAAUGUGAUGUCUGAGAUUGACCUCUGUCACGGCUAACCAAUGUUUACACUCUACUUCUAAUAAAAUGAUUAAGGGGCAAGGGUUAUAAUUUGGUCAUGCAAAAUGACAUCUAUGGAAGCUUAUUAAUGACAAAAAACAAAAUGUUUUAAUCUUGGUCAGAACCGAGCUGCGGUGUAUGUUUAUCAUGCCAUCGUCGGUAGAACGGAACAUUUAUGAAAGGAUUUUAUUAACUCGUCUAUACUUGCCGUUUUGAUUUAGUUAACGUGUAACACACACAAAGCUGGCAUUUUUCAUUGGAUUCAUUUCAUUUUAAACAAUUGAAAGCUGGGGGGAGAGUACUGAAAUAAAAUUGUUGGAAGUCAAGUCCGAGCAGAAAAUAAUUCAAUGAUUUAACACGCAUUGUGUAUACAGCGUAGCCUUCGUUUGUUGUCUAUCCAAGAAAAGACGAGCAAAUGACGGAAGUUGUUAGAUUGGGAAAAUCAAGCACCUGACUUUGACGACGGAACACAACAUUGUCUGUAAUGAGCUUCCAUAGGUUCGGGUGCAAGUUUACAUUUCCUAAAUGGACACGUGCAGUCAGGCAUUUCAAAUGGAAGUCCAUUAGAUCAGGAACAUUUUCAACGAGAAAAUGCUUCGACUGCUGUCUCCAGUCUUUGUAUCCAUCUGUCACCAUUUUCUUACACAACCCUUGUACAGCACAACUUUCAAACGUCAAAUAAUAAAUAUAGACCAUUUACUGAUUAUGAAAAUAACGACGCCGCGUGUGAACUUGCAUUGCAUUGGGCUUUUGCUUGUUUGGUUUUUGUGUGGUUUUCGUUUUAGUGUGAGUGCCAUCGUCGCGAGGAUAGUUUAAGCAGCUCGGCUGGGAAUGCUGUGGAAAAACAUUCAAAUGCUGUGGUGACCUCCGGCAUGGCUCUUCUUCUCAACCCAACCUAAAACCAAGGAACAAUCAAAAGAAACAAAUAUAGCGCACUAUAUAUUAGUUUCACGAACAACUUGUCUCUUUUUGUUUUUAUUCUUUAGUGUUUGUUCUGUAAUUAGUUGAGUAGUUUCUCGAGGAAAGCUCGUGAACAGCAGCAGAGGCACUUGCAGCACACAAUCCGCCACCCUUAUCAUUGUUGACUAAAUGGUAAUGAAUAAUUACGGGCUUACGCCGUCUUUAUGUUCUAAUAAAUUGAACAUGAAGCUAAAUGUGAAAACACAUCGGUUCUGUCCGAUGUUUUAGUUGUGGUUUAAGUGUGCCGUUUAGUGACAACUCUCAUGCGACCACAGCAGUACACAAGAGUGACCACUAGAGGCCACCGGAGGACACUUUACAAAUCUCCAAAUGACAUUAUAUCCUAAUAAUUGACUCUUUGAUCAGGAGCUUUCACCAGAUCCACAAAUCAAGAGUAUUGUGCAUUGGCUUUACACUUUACGUGCGUGCGUGCGUGCGUGCGUACGUUUUGAGUAAGACAAGUCUUGUUUCAUGUUUCUUCUUUUUUGCCACUUGGGGUUUCUUGACCUGGACGGACGGUUUGGCGAACCGUCCCUCGCCAAAACCCGAGGCAGGAUCGAAGCGCUCAUCAAGCGACGCACGCUUGUCUGCGCACUGAGCGAUCCUGACAGCUCAGCGAGCCUCAUGGCGUGACAAGGUAGAGGAAGUGGCUAACGUGUGAGAAUCCUCCUUCGCCUCUCAUUUACGACGACCCGCUCUCAACUUCCACUGCGCUUUCGUCUCACGAGGGCACCUGUUUGAAGAACUCUGUAUAUUCCGAAAUGUUGCCUUCUGCUCACAGAUCAGUAUCAGGCUAAGAACUAAGAAUUGACUCCUGCCGUAGUGUCAAACUCGCAGUUGCCUGACGGUAACGGUGAAACCACAUAAACGCAUAGGGUCGGUAAGGUCACGGCUCUGCUAACAUUCGGCACAGUAAGAUAACAAAAUGCAAACGAACCCUGCUUUCCUCUUUUCUCAACGUAUUUGACGAGAUUUUGCAAAGAAACAACCGUUUAAAACUUCAACAGCUCAUCUUCUUUGUUGGAAAUUCAUCCUUCAGACAAGUUCUACUAUUCAGAACAAAACAGAUCCAAAACAGUCGGAGCCGAACGAAGCGCACCGAGCAUGGCAUUCGUUGUUGCUUGUCUGUAACGGAAGAGCCAGAGAGAGGCUGUUUAAAUGGCGCUGGAAGUACUGCGCUGCUAUACAUACAGUGCAUGCUAGCCAGUAGCUGAGCUGCACUGUGUUUGUUUACAGACGCAAGGCAGUUUCACUUCUUGUCCCUUGCCUAAUAUGUUCCUUACGGGAACCCGAAUAAUAAUGCACACAUCAUAUUGCAUAAUUGUCCCUGCAUUCGAUGACGAACAUUCUUACAGCUAGUUUUGAAAAACGGUGCCGAGUUUGCACGGGCCACGUCAAACGACGUUGCGGGCCGGAUCCGGCCCUCGGGCCUUGUCUUGACACUUGCGUACUAGCGGAAACAAGAUUAUUUGAUGAUACCCGCCGCAACAUUAUAGUUGCUUCUCUUUCACAAUCUGAGGAUGUUCAUGAGAAGAGUUGUGUCAAAAGCAGUUGGCUAAAGCGCCACACGCUGUGCUUAAAAUAUUUGUAUCAGAGACAACCAAAGGCAACAAACUUGUCGCUCAGGGCGCGCAAAAAGGAAAACAAAAGAUAGAAAAGAAGAGGAAGAAAAACUGUGAGUUGUAAGCGGGAUUGGGAAUGCGCAUCUGUUUUGUUACGUGGCAAAAGCAGUGAUGCCAGUUUGUCUGAGUGUCACCAAGCUCGAGAAAAGUGUCGCGCACAUGAUUGGCUAACAUUGGCCUAAUCAAGGUAAAUAAAGAAACUGAAACUGAAAGUUGUUGUGACUGAAUCCACAUUUC